AUGUCUUCGAUGGUAGUACGUUGGAAAGACGUCCCAGGAGCUGCAAAGUUGAAGAAAAGGCUGAUGUUAAUAGCUAACGUGCACGGAAUAUUUCAGUGCCCUAUUGGUGAUUGCGAGCAUGAAGGCUUCCGCAGUCAAAGAGGUUGCAGAAAGCACGUUACAAAUUCGCAUCCUUGGUUCUUCUAUUUUGACGAAUACCCGAAAGAUAUUAUGGAUAAUAAAGCUGCGCCACAAAACACAUGUGACGAGAAGACCAACGAGUCAAAGGAUGGUAGUUCGAAUAUCAUUCCAGAUGACGUCAUUUUCAGUGAAACAUUUGCCAAAUGGAUGUGCAGCUCUACCGGUGGUGCUCGCACGAAGGCACACGCAAAUCAGAUUUGCUCUCGUGUCCUCAAGUUUAUUCAGCACUCUCAGGACGAUCUUAUGCUCGAAGGGAUAGAGGGGCCUAAAAUUGACUACUAUUUGGCUUCAAUGGCAUGCUUGUCAGCUUUUUUACAACAUUUGGAGGAUGAGAAAUCUAUUGGAUUUGCUGGGAGCGUUAGUUACAUCAAUGCUUUGUUGGAAACAAUGGAGUAUAGAAAGUUUAAAGGAGUGUCAGCUUCCAUCUUAUCAAAUUUUAGUGUUGCAGAGGUAUUUUUGAAGCGCGCCAGAAGAUGUAUUGCUCGUAAGAUGCGUGUACAGUGGACUGUAGAAUUGGAUGUUGAUACCUUGGAGAGAAAAGGACAUUGGGCAUCACUGAAAGACUUACAAAAGGUCAUACCGUUUCACAUGGGACGAUAUAAGAAAAUAGUGGCCAAAUGUCGAGAGCAUUCAGCAGAUGUUUCAGCAUCUGAUCUAACUUUUUCAACGAGAUUUAUAACGACAUUUCUCUUCUUACGUGUCAAGGGUUCUCGGCCAAUGACAUACCAAUUCCUGACAAUUGGCAUGCUACGUAGUGCAGCAAAAAAUGGCGGAUACGUGGACCAGAAGAAAUUCAAAACAGCUGACAAGUAUGGCUUUGAUUCCAUGGUCAUAGAUGACGUCUGCAUGCAUGUUUUGGACGACUAUGUGAGACACGUUAGGCCGAGGUUUCUUCCAAAAUGCGAAUAUCUGUUACUUACGCGCAAUGGUACCCAAUUUACGAAGCUGAGUCAAGCAAUGUGUUUGCUUGUCUAUGAAGCUAUUGGCAAGUAUGUGCACCCAACACGUUACCGACAAAUAAUCGAAACAGAGAGUGCUGAUGCUCUAUCCCUUGAAGAACAAGAUCUGAUCUCGCAAGAUCAAAAACAUACUUCAAAUGUUGCAAGAAUUCAUUAUCGCAAAAAGCGUUCGAGAGUCGUUGCCGAAAAAGGGAAUCACUGCAUUAAGAAGCUGAGGGGAGAAUCUGGAGAACAACUAGACAGCUCUUUGAAAAAACUUGUCAGUGUUUCGACGGGUGCGGAAGACUCUGAGUCGGACUCGGACAUUUUCAUUACACAGAGCAGUACCAAACCUGUAAAUGAAAAGACAGACAGCGACUGCCAGAUGACGUCCAUUCAAAAGCGUAUAACACCAUUCACUGAGAAGGAGGACUUGAAUUUGAUAAAGGGAAUAAACAAACAUGGUUAUGGC